AUGGCGACCCUCUCGCAUGAUUUGGCCAUUGAAAUACUACGUGGUUUAAGUGUAAAAGAUCUUCUACGCUUCCAGUGCGUUUCAAAGCUCUGGUGCUCUUCUAUCAACGAUUCAUAUUUCAUCAAACUCCACCUCUCCGAUUCACUCAAAACCAUUACCAAUCACUCCCUUAUUCUUCGUAAAUCCGGGUACGACUUCGUCUCCGUCAACGUCUACGACUCACCCAAAACAACCCAAAGACUCAACCACCCACUCGGUGAACAAAAAAAACUCCUUAAAAUAUUGGGUUCUUGCAAUGGUUUGCUGGCUCUAAUAGACGACGACAAUAGAAUAUUUCUAUGGAACCCUUCAACUAGAAAAUCCCAGGUAUUACCUUCCACUGAAAUAGACUUUUCAUCUGCAUCGAGUUUCUUUCCCCGUUCAACUUAUUAUGGAUUUGGGUACGAUCCCAUUUCUGAUGACUACAAAUUGGUUCGAAUGGUCCAAUUACAUGGAAACAAUAAAGGCUAUCUUCACUCGGAAGCUAAGGUUUACAGCUUGAGGAGCAAUUGUUGGAGAAGGAUUAAGGAUUUCUGCUUUUAUCUUAUAUUACAUCGAAAAUUUGGAAUUUUGGCUAACAACGCUUUACAUUGGAUGGUUUUUAAAACUCCCCAAUCAUGGAAACAAAACCUUGUUGGUUUUGAUCUCGGGACCGAGGAAUUCCGUUUCCUUGAAUUGCCGGAUUUGUGUUUAGAUAAGCUUUUUUGUUACGACAUAAAAGCCAUGGGAGGUUACAAUUGUUUGACUGCAACUUUUAGGGAUUCCAAUGAUGUUGUGGCUGAGGUAUGGAUAAUGAAGGAAUAUGGGGUUAAAGAAUCCUGGGUUAAACUGAUAUCAUGGAACCAACCCCACCUCCUUUCAUGUUUUCCAUCUGUAGUAGUAGUACCUUUGGCGUUUUCAAAGAAUGGUGACAAAGUUCUAUUCAGCAGUGAUGUACACACGUUUGUGUGGUAUGAUUUGGGAAGCAAAAAGGUUGAGAAGGUAGGGAUUAGAGAUGUCCCAAUUAUCCAUGAUGUGGACUUGUAUGUUCAGAGCCUUGUCCCUCUUAAUAGUAAUGCUCUAAUGAUCAACAAUGAGAUUCCCCCACAGGGAUGAUGUCUUGUUCAAGAAGCUUCACUUGGUGUUAUAAUUAGAGAAACGAUAUGAGGUAAUUAGAAGUUAAACGAACUUUGUUCCCCGAUUAUUUUACGAGUAUCAAAUAUAAGUAUUUUUAAUUUAUGUUUUAUGGAUUGGAGGAUGGU